AUGUCUAAAGCUUUUCUCAUUUUUAUGUUCACCUUGACGAUAUUACUUUUCUUCAAAGCAACAAUUAUUUUAGCACAGAGUGGACAUCUCCCUGAGGAGGAAAAGAAUGCUCUUCGUGAAAUAGCUGAUCAGAUGGGCAAAAAGGACUGGAACUUCAGCCAAAAUCCUUGUGAUAAAAGCUCAAAUUGGUUAACAGAAAAAAUACCCAAUAUGCCGUGGUGCAACAAUUCCCUCAUCUGCAAUUGUUCUUUCCCUGGUGAUGUAUGCCACGUAGAAUCAAUAGCUCUAAAAGGACAGGAUUUGGCAGGUGUCCUUCCGCGCUCACUGGCAAAGUUACCCUACCUCAAGACAAUUGAUCUUACUCGCAACUAUCUCAGAGGUACAAUACCCAAAGAUUGGGUAUAUACCAAACUGGAAAACAUGUAUCUUAGCGUGAACCGCUUAUCUGGACCCAUACCGAAAUACUUGGGAAACAUUACUACCCUUGUAUGUAUGGACUUGCUGAGUAACAGGUUUAGCGGGACCAUUCCACCAGAACUAGGGAAGCUGCUCAAUUUGGUUAAUCUGGACGAAAAUAUACCAAUGGUGUCGCUUGACAGCACGGGUGCUCUGGCCGAUUGUGCACCUGCGCCAACCAGGCAGCACAUGCGCUGCCAUUACUCAACUAGCGCAGAUGCACUCGAUCCUUUGGCAUACCUGCACUAG